GCCGGGCUACACUCCUCCAGCCCCACCGAAAAGAGCUGCGAGAGAGACUGCCCAUUAAAAAAGUACUCCGCCGGAUCCUGUUGGAAUUGCUCCUCUCCCUUUCCCAACAACUCCAUUUCCUCUAAUUAAUCUUGCUCUCCUUUUUUGUACCUCUCCAUUACUUCUUCCGUCCCCUUGUAUAUUGUCGUUGUUGCACAAAAAUAUGGCCAGUAUGAUCAACCAGACCGAUGAGCGUCAGAAUGCUGGCACCAUCGAGUUGAAGGAUGACACGGUCAUCGUGGUGCUCGGCGCCUCUGGUGAUCUUGCGAAAAAGAAGACGUUCCCCGCACUCUUCGGUCUUUUCCGCAACAAAUUCCUCCCCAAGGACAUUAAGAUCGUCGGAUAUGCGCGGACGAAGAUGGACCAUGAAGAAUUCCUCAAGCGCGUGCGCUCGUAUAUCAAGGUGCCCACAAAGGAGAUUGAGGAGCAAUUAGAUCAGUUCUGCCAGCUUUGCUCUUACGUUUCCGGCCAAUACGACCAGGAUGACUCCUUCAUCAACCUCAACAAGCACCUCGAGGAGUUGGAGAGAGGCCGCCAAUCAAAGGAGCAGAACCGCGUCUUCUACAUGGCGCUCCCCCCUAGUGUCUUCACCACCGUGUCAGAGCAAUUGAAGCGUAACUGCUACCCCAAGUCCGGUCUGGCUCGCAUCAUCGUCGAGAAGCCCUUCGGCAAGGAUCUCCAGAGCUCGCGCGACCUCCAGAAGGCUCUGGAACCCAACUGGAAGGAAGAGGAGAUCUUCCGUAUCGAUCACUACCUGGGCAAGGAGAUGGUCAAGAACAUUCUCAUUCUGCGGUUCGGCAACGAGUUCUUCAACGCGACAUGGAACCGUCACCACAUUGAUAACGUUCAGAUCACAUUCAAGGAGCCUUUCGGCACCGAGGGCCGUGGUGGUUACUUCGACGAGUUCGGCAUCAUCCGUGAUGUCAUGCAGAACCACCUGCUGCAGGUGUUGACCCUGCUCGCUAUGGAGCGCCCCAUCUCCUUCUCCUCGGAGGAUAUCCGUGAUGAGAAGGUCCGUGUUCUGCGCGCAAUGGAUGCCAUCGAGCCCAAGAACGUCAUCAUUGGACAGUACGGCCGCUCGCUCGACGGCAGCAAGCCCGGUUACCUCGAGGACGACACCGUGCCCAAGGAGUCGCGCUGCCCCACCUUCUGCGCCCUGGUCGCCUAUAUUAAGAACGAGCGUUGGGACGGUGUUCCCUUCAUUCUGAAGGCCGGCAAGGCCCUCAACGAGCAGAAGACCGAGGUCCGCAUUCAGUUCAAGGAUGUGACCUCUGGUAUCUUCAAGGACAUUCCCCGCAACGAGCUGGUCAUCCGUGUCCAACCCAACGAGUCCGUUUAUAUCAAGAUGAACUCCAAGCUGCCCGGUCUGUCCAUGCAGACGGUGGUGACCGAGCUGGACUUGACCUACCGCCGCCGCUUCUCCGACCUCAAGAUCCCCGAGGCGUAUGAGUCCUUGAUCUUGGACGCCUUCAAGGGCGACCACUCCAACUUUGUGCGUGAUGACGAGUUGGACGCCUCCUGGCGUAUCUUCACCCCUCUCCUGCACUACCUGGACGACAACAAGGAGAUUAUCCCCAUGGAGUACCCAUACGGCUCCCGUGGCCCCGCCGUCCUUGACGACUUCACUGCCUCUUACGGUUACAAGUUCAGCGACGCCGCUGGCUACCAGUGGCCAGUGACCACAUCCGCCCCGAACCGCCUCUAGAGAUCUCGUGGGCGAAUCGGAUUAGGCAUUAGCGCUGUUUACGACGAUAUGGGACGCGGGAUUAACGAAGGCGAACAAAAUCCAUCUAUUUCUUUUUCUUUCAUGAAGCUUAUUUCUUGUCUCUCUGUUUUCUCCCAUCUUUUUUUUUCUUUGUCUCUUUCCUACAUCUCGAUCCCUCUGUUACUGACUGGCUGGACUCGAGGUUAUAAAAGGUCCUGGGAAUGCCCGGCCAGCAGCGGUUAUGAUUGGAUUGCAACGU